UUAACGGUCACUAGUCGGAAGAAUUGAACUGAAUAUUAUUCUCAAUUAACGAGUAUCAUGUCAGGAAUUAAUUAAUUUUGAGAAUUAAUUUAAAAGAACACAUUUGUAUACCAUUUUGGGAAUUGCUAGUAGGCUUCUAAGUUGAGAAUAUGGCUUUAAUACUCCCUUCUCAAAGAAAACACAAAACGAAUUCAUCCUCGUCUAUUAUCCCCACCCUGUAAGCCCUAGAAAGCCGCAGCUGCUCGAUACUCCCUCUGCGCGUUUGAAUCCUCGUCAAGAUUCACAAUAUGGGGAGAGAGGUGGUCGGACAGAAGCAGCCAUCUACGCUGUCGUACACGGUGGAGCAGCUCCUCGUCGUCAAUCCCUACAAUCCCGACAUUCUUCCCGAUCUCGAGAACUACGUCAAUGAACAGGUUUCUUCACAGACUUACAAUUUGGAUGCAAAUCUUUGUCUUUUGCGACUUUACCAGUUCGAGCCUGAGAGGAUGAGCACUCAAAUUGUUGUUCGCAUUUUGGUCAAGGCCCUCAUGGCAAUGCCAGCUCCAGAUUUCAGCCUUUGCCUCUUCUUAAUCCCAGAAAAAGUGCAAAUGGAAGAACAAUUCAAGGCAUUAGUUGUACUCUCACACUACUUGGAGACAGCAAGAUUUCGCCAAUUUUGGGAUGAGGCAGCUAAGUGCCGUCAUAUAGUAGAAGUUGUGCCUGGUUUUGAGCAUGCAAUUCAACUGUAUGCAAUUCAUGUUCUUUCACUGACUUACCAAAAAGUCCCAAGGAAUGUUCUCGCAGAGGCCAUCAAUGUCGAAGGCCUUUCGCUGGACAAAUUUCUUGAGCACCAAGUGAUAAACAAUGGGUGGGCCAUAGAGAAAGAUCAAAGCAGGGGCCAACUCAUUACCCUCCCCAAAAAUGAGUUCAACCAUCCAUCCCAAAGGAAAAGCACAACUGAUGCUGUCCCAUUGGAACAUGUCGCACGCAUAUUCCCCAUACUUUGCUGAUUUACCCAAUUGAGUUUGAAUGCCGCACACAAAAAGGGCUAAUUUUUUAGUCCGCGAACAAACCUGAAUUGAUACCGCUAGGUUUAUCAUUGGACGCACUUGCUUUUUUUUCCUUUUGAACCGUGAUUGUCAUUGCGCUCUCUUUCUAUGUAUGUUGGUGGGACUCAGAAUUGUUCAAAACCGUGUGUACUAUUUCCGAAAGCUAACCUUUUUGGUCG